AUGAAGGGUCUCACCCACUGCGUUGGUACCGUCCACCGGGGUGAGCGCCAGGGUAGCUUCCUUUACCUAAAGAACAAGCCUAACGUGACAAUCCUCUACGGCGUUCACUCGAAGAAGCUACUCAUCGAUCCCGCCACGCGCAUCUGCUCUGGUGUCAGUGUGAUAAGCGAAGCUUUGGAUCACGAAAUCAGCGUCUACGCCAGCCGAGAAGUCAUCCUGUCUCAGGGUGUCUUUGAGACUCCUAAGCUUCUCAUGCUCAGCGGAGUCAGCCCAGCAGCGGAACUGGCCAAACAUGGAAUUACUCCCACUGUGGAAUCCCCUCACGUCCGUCAGCAUCUUCUUGACCACCCAAUUGUGCCUUUCGUUCUUGAAGUCAAGGAUGGGUACAGCUUGGAUAACCAUAUUCUCCGUCCUGGUCCUCUAAAUGACAAGGCGCUGUCCACCUACCAGAAGGACAAGACUGGCCCUGCAAGUUCUGAAUUUUUGGAACUUGCUAAGGCUGCCAACGGGGGACUGGAUCCAUUCGGCCCAGCAGGACAACCUCACUUUGAGCUGGACUUCGUGGGGCUGUUCAGCACCGCAUUCCAGUGGCAUUACCCUAUGCCCGAGAAGGGCAGCCAUAUCACCGUCAUUGUUGAUCUGCUGCGGCCCCUUUCUGAGGGUGAAGUCACGCUGAACAGCUCGAACGCACUGGUUCAGCCGAAUAUCAACCUCAACUUCUUUGGCAAUAACUUGGACAUUCUGGCCAUGCGGGAGGGUGUGCGUUGGCCAUAUGAUCUUUUCACCAAGGGUGCUGGAUUCAAGUACAUUGUUGUCUCGGAGUACCCCUGGAAGAUGCCCCUUGAUUCUGAUGAUGAUAUGAGCCGUGCGGUUCUGGAUCGCAGCCAGACUGGAUUCCAUCCAUGCGGUACCGCACGUCUCUCGAAGAGCAUUCACCAGGGUGUCGUUGACUCAAAGCUGCGAGUUCAUGGAGUGCGCAACCUCAGAAUUGCAGAUGCUUCUGUCAUCCCCAUUAUCCCUGAUUGCCGGAUCCAAAACUCGGUUUAUUUGAUUGGCGAGAAGGCUAGUUACACAUUCGGGGGCUCCUAG